GGAUGCGCCUUGGGUCAGGGGGCCGCGGAAAGCCCUCAGCCUUUGUGUCCUUCCCUGCGACGGAGUGUCCACGUCUGAGCCCUCGGCUCCCCUCGGAGCUCAGCCGGGGCUGCCGCUGUCACCACCGGGCCGCCAGCCUCCCGCCCAGGGGAGCACGGAGACCAUGAUGGCUGGUCCCGCCCGUCUGCUGCUGCUGCUGCUGGUCCAGCCCUGCGCAGGGGCUGCCGCUGCCCGGGAGGCCGUGGUCUGCGCGGGGGCUGCCUGCUACACAGCCCACAGGGUCAAGCUGAGUGCGGACGAUGCCCAGCUCCAGUGCAGCAAGAAAGGGGGUGACCUGGCCACGGUGAAGAGCGAGGAGGAGGCCCUGUACGUCCAGCGCACCCUGGCCCAGCUCCUGCCACCAGGGGCGCCCCUGGCAGAGCGCAUGGGCAGGUUCUGGAUUGGGCUCCAGCGAGACAAGGGCAAGUGCCUGGACAGCAACCUGCCCCUGAAGGGCUUCAGCUGGGUGGGCGGCGGGGAGGACACGUCGUAUACCAACUGGCACAAGGAAGCCAAGAACUCUUGCACCUCCAAGCGCUGCGUGUCCCUGAUGCUGGACCUGUCCGUGCCGGCCCUGGCCAACCGCCUUUCCAAGUGGACCGAGGGUCCGUGUGGGAACUCCAGGUUUUCUGGGAGCAACAUCGAGGGCUUUGUGUGCAAGUUCAGCUUCAAAGGCAUGUGCCGGCCGCUGACCCUGGGGGGCCCGGGCCAGGUGAAUUACACCACCCCCUUCCAGGCCACCAGCUCCUCCCUGCAGGCCGUGCCCUUUGCUUCCAUGGCCAACGUGGCCUGUGGGGAAGGGGAUGAGAGCUGGCAGCAUUACUUCCUGUGCAAGGAGAAGGCCCCAGAUGUGUUUGACUGGGACAGCUCAGGGCCCCUCUGCGUCAGCCCCAAGUUCAGCUGCGACUUCAACAACGGAGGCUGCCAGCAGGACUGCUUCGAAGGUGGGGAAGGCUCCUUCCGCUGUGGCUGCCGGCCGGGGUUCCGGCUCCUGGACGACCUGGUCACCUGCGCCCCUCGGAACCCUUGCAGCUCCAGCCCGUGUGGAGGGGGCUCCACGUGUGUCCCUGGGCCCCUCGGGAAGGACUUCACGUGCCGCUGCCCCCCAGGCUACCAGCUAGACUCGACUCAGCAGGACUGUGUGGACACGGACGAGUGCCAGGACACUCCCUGUGCCCAGGAGUGUGUCAACACCCUCGGAGGCUUCCGCUGCGAGUGCUGGGUGGGUUACGAGCCUGGUGGCCCCGGAGAGGGGGCCUGUGUGGACGUGGACGAGUGUGCCCCCAGCCACUCGCCCUGUGCCCAGGGCUGCACCAACACAGAUGGGUCUUUCUACUGCCCCUGCGAGGAGGGCUACGUCCUGGCCGGGGAGGACGGCACCCAGUGCGUGGACGUGGACGAGUGCGCAGGCCCGCAGGGCGGCCUCUGUGGCGGCCUGUGCUUCAACACGGAGGGGUCCUUCCGCUGUGGCUGCCUGCCAGGCUGGGAGCUGUCCCCCGAUGGGGUCUCCUGCACUGGGGGCCUCACAUCCCUAGGACCACCAGCUGGGCCUCCCCAAGGGGAGGACACAGGAGAUGGAGAGGGGAGGCUCGUGUCUUUUGCCGCAACGUCCAGUCCCACCAGGGACAACCCCGAGGGCACCUCCACGGUGGCUCCCGCCACCAGGAGACCCUCCCUCCCAGACAGCGUCCCCAUCUCCCUUGCCCCACCCGACAUGCUGGCCCCCAGUGGGUCCCCUGGUGUCUGGAUGGAGGCCAGCACCCAUCACCCCACGGCCACCACCGGCCGUGUGGCUUCCGCAGGUGAGGAUUUCACCGCCAAGCAAAGCGACGAUGGCACGGACGGGCAGAAGCUGCUCCUGUUCUACAUCCUGGGCACUGUGGUGGCCAUCCUGCUCCUGCUGGCUCUGGCUCUGGGGCUCCUGGUCUAUCGCAAGCGCAGAGCCAAGAGAGAGGAGAAGGAGAGGAAGCCGCAGAGCGCAGCAGACAGCUACGCCUGGGUCCCUGAGCGAGCCGAGAGCAGGGCAACGGAGAAUCCCUACAGUCCGACGCCGGGGACAGACUGUUGAAGCUGAGGAGGCCCCAAGACACUGACAGUGACCACCGUCCUCAGAGGCAGGUGCCUGUUGGAAGCAGGACCCCCAUCCUCCUGGAAGACUGGACUGGAAUCUUAGCAAAUAGCUGUCAACCUUCUCUUUAAACGCCUGGCAACUGGAACUGUGCAGGUAUCACACGCGUGUGUUGUGUAAGUGGUGGGUCCGGUGUCCUUUCAGGAAUCUGAUGCGUGUUAACAAUUCUCCCUCCCUCUCCCUGUUCAAAUUCAAAUGUGACUGAGUUCAUUUCACCCUGAUUCUGGAUUGGGCGUGACAAGUCAGGUGCUCAUGGGCUCCCUUUGAACUGCUUCUCUGCCCAUGUAACCAUCGAAGAAGAAGUUGUGAACCAGGGAAAAUUAGGACUGAAACGAUUUGUGCCUCCUGGUGUGACAGAGGCUGAGCCGAUCAACUGUUCGAUUAUGCAAGAAGCUCUGUUUCUGUCCGAGGGAACAUGUUGAGGCUGGAGACAUUCCUUUCCAUUCCUGGGUUUCCAUUUGCUUCGGUGGCAUGGAGGCAG